UGCUAAUGAUGAAUACUUUAAAAGGUAAUCCUGCUUUAAUUGAAAAUUCACUACUCUUCCUCCCUAAAUCAUAUUCGUAUCUCUCUUUAAUUCAACUAUUCGAUAUUCAUACUUUUCGACAACAAAGUCCUUUAUUCUCACUUUUAUUCGGCAAAGCUUAUCACCAACAUUCCUUAUUAGCUAAAUACAGACAGGAGGACGCAUUGCUAAAACUCAUCAGAAACAGAUCAAGUCCACAAUGCCAAUUCUUAUACACAAUGACCAAAAGCUGAGUACAAACACGAUCACUGAAGCAGAAGCAACCAUGACCACCCGGCUAUUGCAACCCUCAGCUAUGGCAGAGAAUAGGAUUCAACCUCGUGCUUAUUCUAGUAUAACCUCAUCCAGGCCAUCCUCUUUAUUACAACCGCAGGAGAGAAGCACAGAACGAGAAGAAUCCAUCAUCGCAACAACAAGAGCAGCAAGGCCUGAAAAAGUCCUAUCUGUCUGGUAUUGGACAAGUAAAUCGUAUUUCUGGUCAUUGACAGCUUUGAUUACGUUAUUGCUGGUUUUUACAGCCUUGGAAUAUCUCUUACUAAAGUACAAUAUACCACCUUUGAGUCCUGAAGAAAGAAAAGAACUUAAAUUUCCAACAAAUCUGGAAGAUCUUCGAAAAUUGAAUGCCAUUCUAUUUGUUUACAUGGAUAAGAACUACUUUAAUGUCUACAGUACUUUUGUCAUUACAUAUAUAUACCUUCAAAGUUUUUCUAUACCUGGCUCCAUGUGGCUUUCCAUUCUCGGAGGAACGCUAUUCAACUUUUGGCUUACGUUAAUCACAGUAUCUAUGUGUUCCGCUAUAGGCGCUGGCUUUGCCUAUCUCAUUUCUGGCAGUCUAGGUUCCAUAGCUGUUAUUCAUUUAUUAGGUGAUCGGCUUAAAAGAUGGAAAAAGGAACUUUUGCAUCAUCGGCAGCAUAUGCUCAACUACAUGAUUGUGCUGCGAAUUUCACCCUUUCCACCCAACUGGACAGUUAAUUUGGGCUCACCUCACUUAGACGUGCCUUUUAAAGCUUUCUUUUGGGGCACCUUUCUAGGUGUGGCUCCACCGUCCUUUAUUCAUGUGCAAGCAGGUGCUGCCUUGGAGAGACUAUCGGCUUCUGACAAAUUGCAGCUGUUGACGCCCAUCAAUGUACUCUGUUUACUCGCAGUAGCCAUUGCUGCCUUGGUACCUGUGUUUGUCAAAAGAAAAUUUGAUCGACAGCAACAGCAACAGAGCAGUGUCAACGCUCCUAACACCACUGCUGCUGCUACUACUACUUCUUCUACAGCGACUUCUGUCAGUGCGAUCGUCUGAGUCGAUUUAAAAUAUACCCUUUAUCGUUAGAGCCUUCACACUCUCAUCCACUUCUCAUAUCCAAAUCACAAACGUUCUAUUCCGUCCCUUCUAUAUCCCAUUUUUCUAUAUACUCGCAUUCGCCUUUGUAAUAUUUGAUAUAUUACUGUAUAACUUUUCCAUUUCAAAUUAUUCAUGCUUUUGAUUCUAUUUAUUUCUUAUCUGACAGCACUAGAAUUUCUGCACCCAUCUUUGAAUGUUACAGGUUCAAACUUAUUGUCAACGCCAUUUGCUUCGCCAACCUGUUUUUUUCCACAAUAAUAAACAUUUUUCUCAGACAACGUUCUUUUCAAAAAUGGGA